GUGAUUUGUCUGACAGGCCCUAACCCUCUAAAUGUCGCGGACUUGCACACGUCCUUUCGUGGUGCACUAUCUUUUGCGCGGCCGCCUCGAGCUCGGAGCACGAACGUGCCUGGGCUUGGUCGUGUUAUAGCGGCGUGACGACGCGGGCGGACUGGUUGCAGUGUGAUGCGCGGGCGUGCGUCUUCUCCUCGCGAGUCGCAUCGUUAGUGGCCCGGAGUCUGGACGAGUGCACGGCAGUCUUCGCUGCGCGUCUUUGCAUGUUUGGCAGUGGCCGUCCGGGCGGGGAGGUGUCAAGGUUGACGCGAGAAUCGAGCGCACUUGACACACUCAGGCGCAAUUCCCACGGGCAUCCGUCGACCGGGCGCGAGAGGGGCAGAGGUCGAUGAGUGUCGGCGCGAGAGUCGAGCGUCCGUGAGAGCUCGUUGACGAGACCCGAGGCGAGUGGUGAGUGAGGGCAAGCGGACUUAGCGUGCGCGCGCCGCGCGCAGGUAAGUACCGCCGACCGGUGGCAAACUCCGGUGGAAGCCUGCCCUAAACCUCCCACUGCCACGUCA